ACGUACGGGCUCACGGCGGAUAGCUUGUUCUUUCCGAGGGAGUCCGCCAUAGUUGGUGCACGUAUAAUUCGAACCAGGCCGUCGGCAAUCGGGCAACAUCCAAGAUGGUGAACUUUACGGUAGAUGAGAUCCGUGCCAUGAUGGACAAGAAGAAGAACAUCAGAAACAUGUCCGUCAUCGCGCACGUCGAUCACGGAAAGUCAACUCUGACCGACUCCCUUGUUUCUAAGGCCGGCAUUAUCGCCGGCGCCAAGGCUGGCGAGACCCGAUUCACGGACACGCGCAAGGACGAGCAGGAACGUUGCAUCACCAUUAAAUCCACCGCUAUUUCCAUGUUCUUCGAGCUCGAUGAGAAAGAUUUAGUCUUUAUCAAAAAUCCUGAUCAACGUGACAAAGAUGAGAAGGGCUUUUUAAUUAAUCUGAUCGAUUCACCCGGACACGUAGAUUUUUCGAGCGAGGUCACAGCUGCCCUCCGUGUCACUGAUGGAGCCCUUGUUGUUGUUGAUUGUGUAUCCGGUGUAUGCGUACAGACUGAAACUGUACUGCGCCAAGCGAUCGCUGAGCGUAUCAAGCCUGUUUUAUUCAUGAACAAAAUGGACCGCGCGCUAUUGGAACUCCAGCUCGAUAGCGAAGAUCUCUAUCAGACUUUCCAGCGUAUCGUUGAGAACGUUAACGUUAUUAUUGCAACGUACUCCGACGACGAUGGACCUAUGGGCGAAGUUCGAGUAGAUCCCAGCAAAGGAUCCGUAGGUUUCGGUUCUGGCCUUCACGGCUGGGCUUUUACCCUAAAACAAUUCUCCGAGAUGUACGCCGAGAAAUUCAAGAUUGACGUGGUGAAACUAAUGAACCGACUAUGGGGCGAGUCCUUCUUCAACCCGAAGACCAAGAAGUGGAGCAAACAGAAGGAGGCCGAUAACAAACGAUCCUUCUGCAUGUACGUCUUAGAUCCAAUUUAUAAGGUAUUCGAUUGUAUUAUGAAUUACAAGAAGGAAGAAGCAGAUAAUCUUCUGAAGAAACUGGAUAUUGUGCUGAAACCUGAAGAUAAGGACAAGGACGGGAAAGCUCUGUUGAAGGUUGUUAUGAGAACAUGGUUACCUGCCGGAGAGGCUCUUCUUCAGAUGAUUGCCAUUCACCUGCCGUCUCCUGUAACUGCUCAAAAAUACCGUAUGGAGAUGCUGUACGAAGGGCCGCUCGAUGACGAGGCUGCUGUUGGAAUUAAGAACUGCGAUCCAAAUGGACCACUGAUGAUGUAUGUCUCGAAAAUGGUACCGACAUCGGACAAGGGACGUUUCUACGCUUUCGGCCGAGUGUUCUCAGGCAAAGUGUGUACCGGCAUGAAGGCCCGCAUCAUGGGACCCAACUUCCAACCAGGCAAGAAAGAAGAUCUCUAUGAGAAAGCUAUCCAGCGUACUAUUCUGAUGAUGGGUCGUUACGUCGAAGCUAUCGAAGAUGUGCCUUCUGGUAAUAUUUGCGGUCUUGUCGGCGUCGAUCAGUUCUUGGUUAAGACCGGUACCAUCACAACGUUCAAGGACGCGCACAACAUGAAAGUUAUGAAGUUCUCCGUAUCACCUGUCGUGCGUGUCGCGGUCGAGCCGAAGAAUCCUGCUGAUUUGCCAAAAUUGGUCGAAGGUCUUAAACGUUUGGCGAAAUCCGAUCCUAUGGUACAGUGCAUCAUCGAAGAAUCCGGCGAGCACAUUAUCGCCGGUGCCGGUGAGUUGCAUCUCGAGAUUUGUCUGAAGGAUCUGGAGGAGGAUCACGCAUGCAUCCCGAUCAAGAAGUCCGAUCCCGUCGUAUCGUACAGAGAAACGAUCUCCGAACAGUCGAAUCAAAUGUGUUUGUCGAAAUCCCCGAACAAGCACAAUCGUUUGUUCAUGAUGGCUUGUCCGAUGCCAGAUGGUCUUGCUGAGGACAUUGACAGUGGUGACGUUAAUCCGCGCGAUGACUUCAAAGUGCGCGCUCGUUACUUGAACGAGAAAUACGAUUAUGACGUGACGGAGGCGAGGAAAAUCUGGUGCUUCGGACCUGACGGCAGUGGACCCAAUAUACUGGUCGACUGCACUAAGGGUGUACAGUAUCUCAACGAAAUUAAGGACUCUGUGGUAGCUGGAUUCCAAUGGGCCACGAAAGAGGGCGUUCUUUCGGAGGAGAAUUUGAGAGGUGUACGGUUCAACAUACACGAUGUAACAUUACACGCCGACGCGAUCCACAGAGGUGGUGGUCAAAUUAUCCCUACCACAAGACGUUGCCUUUAUGCCUGUCUUCUCACUGCCUCACCCCGUCUCAUGGAACCCGUUUACUUAUGCGAAAUUCAGUGCCCAGAGGUAGCGGUCGGUGGUAUCUACGGCGUGCUGAAUCGUAGGAGAGGUCACGUGUUCGAAGAACAACAGGUGGCGGGUACUCCCAUGUUCGUAGUUAAAGCAUACCUUCCCGUAAACGAAUCCUUCGGCUUCACUGCCGAUCUGCGCUCCAACACCGGUGGUCAGGCUUUCCCACAGUGCGUGUUCGAUCACUGGCAGAUUCUGCCAGGUGACCCGAUGGAACUCAGCACUCGACCUUACCAAGUCGUGCAGGAUACACGUAAAAGGAAGGGAUUGAAGGAGGGUCUCCCAGAUUUGAACGCAUACCUUGACAAAUUGUAACCUCAAGUCCGCGCAUCAUAUUUAAAUACCUAUUUAAAUAUUGUAAUUCGAUUAAUAUUGCUGGAGCUGUUGUAUACAAUUACAACACCGAUUUACUAUAAAUUUUAUUUUGCGCAAUCAUCCGUGAGAGACACGCAAUUAUAAAUACGAACAAGAAUAAUAAAAUGUAAUUAUGACGAAGGAAGCAAAAAAAGAAUAUGCGGAGUACGUAUCUGCAUGUAAAAGUGGGGCGGUAUGUUUUGUACAUUUAUUUAAUUAAGAACGGUAACAAGAUCAGCCGGUUGCUUACGUUUUUUUUAGCAUAUUGGGUGAAUAGCUAUGAUUGUUAUUAUGGCGUUUUCCGCGCCGAUCUUUGUUUAAGACGAAGAAAAAUAGAACGAUCCUAUAAUCGUUUACAUUGCUUUUUUACUGGAAAACAAAUUUAAUAUCUUAUGUUACAUUGCGAAAUUUUCAAACGAUUGGAUGCAAAUGGUUCCCGGAAGCUACUAAUACUAAAGAGGAAGAGAAUCAUCAACAAUGUACUCAUACUACGAAAAAUAUCAAGAAAUUAAACCUGAAAUUAUGAAAUAGAA